CGGGGCCUCCUGUGUGCCUCCGUUCUCAGGGGAUUGUGGGAUAGUGGCGGACGGAGCCGGGCGUCUGAGGCCCUGAAGCCGACUGCAAAGCCCGGGAGCCUCGCCGGUGUGGGGAAGGGGGCGGUGGAGGAAGUGGGCCUCGGCUUCCGUCAGCCGUUGCUCAGCACUGCGGCCUGUUCGGACUGCGGAGUAGGACGCCUUCUGUGACCGGCCCUUGCUUUUCCGCAGGGCGCGCCGGGCCGGGGAAACCGGGGCGACUUCCCAGCUGAGGGCCUACGUGGGCCUCGCGACCCCGCCAACCUCCCUCAGACACCUCGCCUGCGGGCCCCGGACCCCCGCCCCACCCGGCCGGCACUGACCCCCGAAACUCUGGAACUCGGCGCGCGAGGGCCCCCCUAGGCCCGAGACGCUUGCGCGAGCCCCGGCGCCAGGGCGAGACCCCGCCGCCGCCCGUCGCCCCUACAUACCGGCUCCCUGAGGAGGGGCCGGAGCCGCCGCCGGCGGGGCGGGGGGGGCGCCCCGAUGAGCCCCGAGUGCGAGGAGCCGCCGCCCCCCCGUCCAGGGCGCCAUGUUUUGGAAGUUUGACCUGCACACGAGCUCGCACCUCGACACGCUGCUGGAGCGGGAGGACCUGAGCCUGCCCGAGCUGCUGGAUGAGGAGGACGUGCUGCAGGAAUGCAAGGUCGUCAACCGAAAGCUGCUGGACUUCCUGCUGCAGCCGCCACACCUGCAGGCCAUGGUGGCCUGGGUCACCCAGGAGCCGCCGGCCAGCGGCGAGGAGCGGCUGCGCUACAAGUACCCCAGCGUGGCCUGUGAGAUCCUGACGUCGGACGUGCCCCAGAUCAACGAUGCACUGGGUGCGGACGAGUCCCUCCUGCACCGGCUUUACGGCUUCCUGCAGAGCAGCGGCAAACUCAACCCGCUGCUGGCCAGCUUCUUCAGCAAGGUCAUGGGCGUCCUCAUCAACCGCAAGACCGACCAGCUCGUGUCCUUCCUGCGGAAGAAGGACGAUUUUGUGGACCUGCUGCUGCAGCACAUCGGCACCUCGGCCAUCAUGGACCUCCUGCUGCGCCUCCUCACCUGCGUGGAGCGGCCGCAGCUGAGGCAGGACGUGGUCAACUGGCUCAAUGAGGAGAAGAUUGUCCAGCGGCUCAUCGAGCAGAUCCACCCAUCGAAGGACGACAAUCAACAUUCCAACGCAUCCCAGUCCCUGUGCGACAUCAUCCGCCUGAGCCGGGAGCAGAUGAUCCAAGUGCAGGACAGCCCGGAGCCUGACCAGCUGUUGGCCACCCUGGAGAAGCAGGAGACGAUCGAGCAGCUUCUGAGCAACAUGUUGGAGGGGGAGCAGAGCCAGUCCGUCAUCGUGAGUGGAAUCCAGGUGCUACUGACGCUGCUGGAGCCCAGGAGGCCCAGGUCUGAGUCUGUGACUGUGAACAACUUCUUCAGCAGCGUGGAUGGGCAGCUGGAGCUUCUGGCCCAGGCAACCCUGGACAACGCCGUGUCCAGCGUGGGGACCCUGCAUGCCCUGCGCCCACGGCUCAGCCGCUUCCACCAACUCCUGCUAGAGCCGCCUGAGCUGGAGCCGCUGCACACGACAUGGGGCACCCUGGCCCCACCGCUGGGCAACACACGGUUGCACGUGGUCAAGCUGCUGGCCAGCGCCCUGAGCGCCAGCGAUGCGGCCCUGACCCAGGAGCUCCUGGCACUGGACGUGCCCAACACCCUUCUGGACCUCUUCUUCCAUUAUGUGUUCAACAAUUUCUUGCACGCCCAAGUGGAGGUGUGUGUGAGCACGAUGCUGAGCUCUGGGCCUCCUUCCAACAGCAGCUCUGACACACCCGCCCAGAACCCUGUCGUGAAACACCUGCUGCAGCAGUGCCGCCUGGUGGAGCGCAUCCUGACCUCCUGGGAGGAGAACGACCGUGUGCAGUCCGCAGGGGGCCCUCGGAAAGGCUACAUGGGCCACUUGACAAGGGUGGCCAACGCCCUGGCGCAGAACUCGGAGAAGGGGCCCAACGCCGAGCAGCUGGGGCAGCUGCUGAAGGAGCUGCCAGAGGACCAGCGGGAGCGGUGGGAGGUGUUCGUGUCGGGACCCCUGGCGGAGACCAACAAGAAGAACACCGUGGACCUGGUGAACACCCACCACCUGCACUCCUCCAGCGACGACGAGGACGACAGGCUCAAGGAGUUCAACUUCCCAGAGGAGGCAGUGCUGCAGCAGGCCUUCAUGGACUUCCAGAUGCAGCGCAUGACCUCAGCCUUCAUCGACCACUUUGGCUUCAAUGACGAGGAGUUCGGGGAGCAGGAGGAGAGCGUAAACGCCCAGUGCUGGGAGGCCCCCUGGAGAGGAAGGGCACCGGCCAAGGAAGACACCACCCCUCCUGGCGGGGGUGGUGACACUCGUGCGCCUUUCGACAAGACGGCCAACAUCACCUUCUCCCUCAAUGCCGACGACGACAACCCCAACGCCAACCUGCUUGAGAUAUGCUACAAGGACCGGAUCCAGCAGUUCGAUGAUGAGGAGGAGGACGAGGAAGAGGGCCAGGGUUCGGGGGGGUCUGAUGGAGAGGAUGGUGCCUGGCAGGGCGGCCAGCUGGCCAGGGGGGCCCGCCUGGGCCAGCCCCCGGGUGUGCGGAGCGGAGGCAGCACAGACAGUGAGGACGACGAGGACGACGAGGACGAUGAGGACGACGAGGAUGGUGACCGGCGGGUGGCCCGUGGCAGGGCUGGGCCCACCUGUCAUCCCAGCCCCGGCCCCCAGCCUCCGGGCCCCAGCUGGACAGCUACCUUUGACGCAGUGCCUGUGGAUGCCCCGACCGGCCCCCAAGCCUGCAGGGAGAAGGAACUGCACUCUGGGCCCCCUGCCCCACAGGAGCCCCGCAGUGGGCCCCUGGACCUCCCUACCCCGAGCCCAGCUGGCCCUGCAGCCCCCAGCACCCUGCAGCUCAGGUCUCAGGAUCCCAUCCCUUCCUCAGCACCUCAGGAAGCCACAGACGGCAGCAAAGUAGCGGAGCCCUCGGCCCCCUGCCAGGCCUUGGUCAGUGUUGGGGACCUCCAGGCCACCCUCAGAGGGACGCACUCCGCCCCCAGCUCCUUGGACAGUGCAACCAGAGACCCUGCUACCUCUGUCCUGGCCCCCAGGGCCCACCAGCACCCCCAGACCACGGAGGGGGUGAAGAGCCCAGAGUCCUUGGGGCUCCCCCGAAGCCAGAGUGCCCUGGCCCUCGAGCCACUUCCGAUGCCCAAUGGCUCUGCCCCAGGAGGGCCGGCGGCCCCGGGCUCCCAGUAACUGCCUGGUCCCAGUGGUGGCAGCCAAAUCCUCCGUACUCCACGUGGACCCUGUCCGGGUGGGGGCAGGGCAGGUUCCGCAGUGGCCCUGUUGCCCCAUCACCCCAUCCCUACCCUACCCACCCCAGGUCCUCUCUGGACUCCCAGGAGGCUGGUGCCAGGGAGACAGGCCCCUCACCCCACCCCCAUUUGCACUGAGAGAAGAAAUUAUGGAGUUUUGUCUCCUAGAAUAGAGUCAAAUAGAGAGAAAGAGAGAGAGAGAGAGACCUAUAUUAUAUAUUAUGUGUGUGUGUAUAUAUAUAUAUAUAUAUAUGUGUGUGUGUGUGUGUAUAUAUAUAUAUACAUAUAUAUAUAUAUAUAUAUAUAUAUAUAUAUAUAUAUCUCGAGGGGGGAGAGAGUGGGUAGGCGGGGAGCCAAAAGGAAGCAGGACUGGGUGGCAGUGGCUUGGACCUUCACCCUGUCCCACUGGGGCUGCUGUGGUGAGGGUCCUGAGGCUGCCACCCACCCUCCCCUCCCACCAUGCCCACACACCCUCCGGUGCAGACGCCCACACCCACACUUGGCCUUUCAGCUCAGGUCCACCUUGGGGGAGGGCCCGAGUGGGGGUCGUGCCUUUGCCCAAAUCCCCUUGCCUCGGACCCUGCACUUUGACCCAGGCUGGGAGCUAAAAGACCCUCCACCUGGCCCAGCCAGCUCUGUGGGAGGGAGCUGGGGGUCCUGGUCCCAGGGGGCCUCCCCAGUGACAUUCCCUUGGGGCCCUCAUGCACUCACUGAGACCCCCCCAUCUCCCAUGGACUCUGGGGUGGGGGUCUGGCUGGGGUCCCCGUCCUACUCCCAAGGGUCUGGGGUCCAGCCCAGCUGCCAAGUGACCUUGUCCCAGCUCCCUCUCCCCAGGCUGGCGUGAGUGUGCGCGUGUUUGUGCCGAGCUUCUGUUUCAUAUUGCAAAUAUAAACAAAUAAAGGAAGACAGUUUAAGACUC